CACAACCUCUCCAGCGAACCACCACUUUCUUUCUUCCUGAUACUCAGCCGUCAGACUGUUCAUUUAAAAAUCAAGCACGUCUAUGUCAAUAGGAGCCCCAAUCCCUUAGGUCGAAGUGUGCUUGACGAGCUCAAGAGAUACGUCUUCCAGAUUACUGGAGAAAGCAACAAGCAGGAUUUCUCGAUGAAGUGCUUGUGCUCCUCCCCUACUGUAUCUGUCUCUUGGUUUCUGAAGGCAACUCAUGCUGUCAUACUCGCUGGACGGGUGAGAGGAAGCAAAAGUCUAUCCGUGGAUGCAUAGAUCGUCGUGUUGAGUUUGGUUAUCUUGAAGCAGAAGAGGCUGAUGCGUACACUUUUCCUUUCAUUGUCUACUUCAACUGACGCGAAUUCAGAAAUCCCUGGCCUCACUGAUACCAUUCUUCCCCAAGUACCUCAGUCCCAAGCCAGCAACAAACAUGUUCAAUUAGUCCAUGGUGGAUGAUGUUCUCAAGUACGUUAUUCGUCGGACGAUGGGAGGUGAAGCUAAGACUGGGAGGAGAAAGAACGUGAAGCCUUAUACGAAAACUCUCAGGAUCCGGCGUCUUGUUACUCUCAUCCGUCUCUGGCGCCACCAUCACCUCCACUCUAUCAAGCGCAGAAAAUUGGAGCACCAGAAGGAGCAGAAGUCCAGGUAUGCCGCAUCUCCGAAAAGAAGUCCCAGGUCGCUGCCAUUAAAGCACCACACCAUAUGGCGACCACUACUUAAACUUCGGCGACUACUUUUUCAAUACCAUCAGAGCUUUGGCGCUGCGAUCCUGGGUGUAACCGUGUAUCUAUGUUAUGCUAUUAUCUGUACGCCCCAUAUGGUGAAUGACUGCAAUCGUUGUCGUCGCGUCUGAGUUCAGUUUGAUAUUCACUGAAAAUAAGCACAUCUCUUGAUUCGUUUUUUGUUCAGAGAAUAGGA